GCUGUAGCAAAGUCGCACCUCGAAACCAUCCCAAGCUUCCAAGCCGUUGACGGACGUUGUGUGCGUCGUCAUCGUUCAGUAUGCCUCCGAAAACCUCGCGGCGCAUUGCCGUUCCUCUACCUCCAUCGUUUCUCCUCCCUCGACCGGUGCUCCGACAAUCCAUCACAUCCUCACAAAAGCGAAACUUUGGCAUCAAAUCGAUAGACCCUCCCAAACACAGCAGAUACAAUGUCGUGCCGGGCAUCCAACCUCUCCUCUCUACGCCCGCCGCGGCUUUCGAGCGCAGGCUGGCGUCCGACACACUUCCCCUCCGGACCGGAGCUCUGGCCAUCAAGAAGGGCAUGACCGCCGUGUACGACGUCGAGUCCGGGAGACGCCUCCCCUGCACGGUCUUGCAGCUGGACCAGAACCAAGUGGUCAGCCACAAGACGCGGAGGCGUCACGGAUACUAUGCGGUGUGCGUGGGCUGCGGAUCACAAAACACAAAGAACGUCACGAAGCCGAUGCUGGGUCACUUCUCCGUCCAGGGUGUGAGCCCCAAGCGUCACCAGCGAGAAUUUCGAGUCCGCGGCCCGGAAGGGCUGUUGCCUGUCGGUCAAGAGAUCCGCGCAAACUGGUUCAUCGAGGGGCAAUUCGUCGACACGCGGUCAAACUGCAAGGGGAAAGGUUUCGCUGGUCCGAUGAAGAGGUGGGGUUUCAAAGGUCAACCUCGAAGUCACGGUCACUCCAAGAGUCACAGAUCACACGGUACGCUGGGUCAGGGCCAGGGUGGUGGUAGCAGAGUGUAUCCCGGCAAGAAGAUGGCUGGCAACAUGGGCGGGCAGAGAAACACGGUGCAGAGUCUGCGAGUGUUGCAGUCAGACCCGGAGAAUGGUUUGGUCGUUGUGAAAGGCGCCGUCAGCGGACCGAAAGGAACGUUGGUCAUGAUUCAAGAUGCGUUGAAGAAGAAUUGGCCUACCGUUCCCGAACCUCCGAGUCCAGCAGAGAUCACUGAGAAGUUGCAAGAGGCUGCCAAGGUUGAAUCAUAAUGUCCCGCCAUAUGCUGCUGCUACUUCUUAGCGCCAAAGCUCUGUACCAGUAUCAUACAUUCCGUGAGUUUCAUUUCUGGAUUUGUGGCUAUGAGGCAUGUAUAGGACUACAAAUAGCAGAAUUCAAAAUUCGAAUUCGUGAGAUAUCUA